UAGGACACAUGUGGAUGUCUCUCUCCAUCCAGAUGCAGUUGUUGGAUGCCACAGCAGUACCAAACUGAGAUUAAGGGGGGGCAACGUGUACCCUAGUAGUGUACAGCUGUUGAGCAUCCACAAGCCUCUCCAAAACUGUCACACGUGUACUCUUGUACCGAUCCGAUUCUGUGCUUUUUCCGAUUAAUUUGCUCCUUGAUUCCUUCACGAUGGAAGGGAGGCGAUUCUCCUCGCCGCCAUUUUUAGGGGAACUGCCUAUUGAAGAGAGAAACUUUGACGUUAGCAGCUAUGUAGCUAGUUUGCCAGUAGCUUGCCUGCCUACCAGUUCGUUGUGACUGCUAACGCUUGGCAGUCGUUAGCCACAGCAGCUUGCUUCACGUUGGUAUAAAUUAUCCCUGCGGCCGACCAGUAUACGUGACAAAAACAACGGUUAUUGCUAAAGUGAACUAUAUAGAUAGAAGUCAGUGUGAUCGUCGUGGGCAGUGCAAUUGUGCGGCUAGAUUAGCAUUGCUAAUUCAUAGCUAACGAGUUCACACUUUGAUUUCUCUGGACUGCAAUGCCUCGUCUGUGAUUUUAGCGUCAGCUACUUAGCUAGCUAACGUUACUCUGCGACUGGAUUAACCAGCCGUUUACACACCAUUUCGCAACCUGCGUGGAUUCAUUUUAACCGGGUGCCCAUGUGCUGGUUCCUUAGGCCCAUCCAUUACUGCAGAUGAAUCUUCAGCUGCUUUGGUGUAGCUCAGCACCCAGAUAGUCCCAUCCCCUUUGCGUGGGUGACCAGGGACUACAUUAACCAGGAUGCCCUCCUCUGUAAGGGCAGGGAGCCUGAAGGAUCCGGAUGUGGCUGAGCUUUUCUUCAAAGAAGACCCAGAAAAGCUUUUCUCUGACCUCCGAGAGAUUGGCCAUGGCAGCUUUGGCGCUGUCUACUUUGCACGGGAUGUACGCACAAAUGAGGUGGUGGCAAUUAAAAAGAUGUCCUACAAUGGCAAACAGUCUAAUGAGAAAUGGCAGGAUAUUAUAAAGGAGGUGAAGUUUCUCCAGAGGAUCCGGCACCCCAACAGUAUAGAAUACAAAGGUUGUUACCUCCGUGAGCACACAGCAUGGCUGGUGAUGGAGUACUGUCUCGGCUCAGCCUCCGAUCUGCUAGAAGUUCAUAAAAAACCUUUACAAGAAGUAGAGAUUGCUGCCAUUACACAUGGUGCUCUGCAAGGGCUGGCCUACCUUCAUUCCCACAAUAUGAUCCACAGGGAUGUGAAGGCAGGUAACAUUCUGCUGACUGAGCCUGGGCUGGUCAAACUGGCAGACUUUGGCUCUGCCUCCAUUGCCUCACCUGCCAACUCCUUUGUGGGAACACCAUAUUGGAUGGCCCCGGAGGUCAUUCUAGCUAUGGACGAGGGCCAGUAUGAUGGGAAGGUGGAUAUCUGGUCCUUAGGGAUCACCUGUAUAGAAUUAGCCGAGAGGAAGCCUCCCUUGUUUAACAUGAAUGCAAUGAGUGCCUUAUACCACAUAGCGCAGAAUGAGAGCCCCACACUGCAAUCCAGUGAAUGGACGGAUUACUUUAGAAACUUUAUUGAUUCUUGCCUUCAGAAAAUCCCCCAGGACAGACCACACUCUGACGAUAUGCUGGGUCAUGCGUUUCUGCAGCGUGAACGUCCGGACUCCGUGCUGAUGGAUCUUAUUCAGAGGACCAAGGAUGCAGUGCGGGAGCUUGACAACCUGCAGUACAGGAAGAUGAAGAAGAUCCUCCUUCAAGAGGCCCACAACGGACCCACAGCAGAAGCCCAGGAUGGAGACGAGGAGCUGGAGCCGGGCGGAGGUCGGACAGGAACGGUGAACAGUGUCGGCAGUAAUCAGUCCAUUCCCAGCAUGUCCAUCAGCGCCAGCUCCCAGAGCAGCUCUGUCAACAGUCUGAACGAAGCGGCCCAGGACAGCCGCAGCGAACUGGAACUGAUGGAGGGAGACCACACCGUCAUGUCCAACAGCUCCGUCAUACACCUCAAACCGGAAGAAGAGGAGAGUUUCUCUGGGGAGCAGGCAGCCCGCAACGAACCCUCUGAGCCCCAGCCAACACCAGCUCAGCCCCCAAGGAAGCACUACCGCAACAGAGAGCACUUUGCCACCAUACGCACAGCGUCACUCGUGACCCGUGAGAUGCAGGAACACGAGCAGGACUCGGAGCUGCGGGAGCAGAUGUCAGGAUACAAACGCAUGAGACGGCAACAUCAGAAGCACCUGAUGGCCCUGGAGAACAAGCUGAAAGGGGAGAUGGAUGAGCACAGGCUGAGGCUGGACAAAGAGCUGGAGAGUCAGAGGAACAACUUCACCCAGGAAAUGGAGAAGCUGCUCAAAAAACACCAGGCGGCCCUGGACAAAGACCUUAAGACGUUUACCAACGAUGAGAAGAAGUUCCAGCAGCACAUCCAGGUGCAGCAAAAGAAGGAGCUCAGCAGCUUCCUGGAGUCACAGAAGCGGGAGUAUAAACUUCGCAAGGAGCAGCUCAAAGAGGAACUGAGCGAGAACCAGUCGACUCCUAAGAAAGAGAAGCAGGAGUGGCUGUCCAAGCAGAAAGAGAACAUCCAGCACUUCCAGGCGGAGGAGGAGGCCAACCUGCUGAGGAGACAGAGGCAGUACCUGGAGCUAGAGUGUCGGCGGUUCAAACGUAGGAUCCUCAUCGCCAGACACAAUGUGGAGCAGGAUCUUGCUAGAGAGGAGCUGAACAAACGGCAGACACAGAAGGACCUGGAGCACGCCAUGCUGCUCAGACAUCACGAGUCGAUGCAGGAGCUGGAGUUCAGGCAUCUGGGGACGAUCCAGAGGGCGCGGGCAGAGCUGAUCCGGACCCAGCACCAGACCGAGCUCACCAACCAGCUGGAAUACAAUAAGAGAAGGGAGAGGGAGCUGAGGCGCAAGCAUGUCAUGGAGGUCCGACAGCAACCCAAGAGCCUCAAGUCUAAGGAGCUUCAGAUUAAAAAGCAGUUCCAGGAGACUUGUAAAACCCAGACCAGGCAGUACAAGGCCCUCAGGAACCAUCUGCUGGAGACCACGCCCAAGGCUGAUCACAAGGCUGUGCUCAAGAGGCUGAAGGAGGAGCAGACCAGGAAGCUGGCCAUCCUGGCCGAGCAGUACGACCACUCCAUUAAUGAAAUGCUCUCUACGCAGGCUCUGCGGUUAGAUGAGGCUCAGGAGGGGGAAUGUCAGGUUUUAAGGAUGCAGCUGCAGCAGGAGCUGGAGCUGCUCAACGCCUACCAGAGCAAGAUCAAGAUGCAAACCGAUGCUCAGCACGACAAGGAGAGGAGGGAGCUGGAGCAGAGGGUUUCUCUGCGGAGGGCUCUGCUGGAGCAGAAAAUUGAGGAGGAAAUGCUUGCCCUGCAGAACGAGCGCCUGGAGCGAAUCCGCUCACUGCUGGAACGGCAGGCCCGAGAGAUCGAGGCUUUUGACUCCGAGUCAAUGCGACUGGGCUUCAGCAACAUGGUGCUCACAAACCUGGCUCCCGAUUCUCAGGGAGGCUGGGGGGGAGGAGGUGGCCAGGGGGCUCAGGGUGGGGGCCACUGGCCUGGUGGAGGAGGCGCCCACCAUAGUCAUCACCACCAGGGGGGCUCCAGCUCACAGCAGCCCUGGGGUCACCCCAUGCUGGCUGGGGGCCCGCCACCCUGGAGCCUCCACCACCCUGGAGGAGGGAAUCAGAGGGGUAGCGCGGGAGGCGCAGGAGGGGUGAGGAACAGUCCUCAGGCUAUGAGGAGGACGUCAUCGGGGGGGAGAAAUGAACAGGGCAUGAGCAGGAGCGCCAGCAUCACCUCUCAGAUCUCCAACGGAUCCCACCUGUCGUACACCUAGAACACACACACACACACACAAGCAACACGAUAAUUGUCUUAAAGUCAAAUUCUUGUGCACCGAGGUGACACUACACAGACACGCACCAUGCAUGCACCACACAUGCUUCACAUACACUUAUUUCCCACAGUGUGUCUAACACACACUGCACAGUGCUAAGACUGGGUUUACCUCAGCCCAGUAUCUCUCCAUCACCACUGCUCUCUUACAUCAGUGUACUGCUAGCAGUAGUCUGUGGAAACCCAGAAGUCUUAAGACUCAUCCAAGAUGGCUGAGGGCCAUAUACAGAAAGCCACAGUGCAAUAGUGUCAUUUUUACUGUAGCCUUUAGUGCUAUUUAAUGUGUUUUGCCAUGUUAGUCUCUGUUGCCAUAAAUGUGAUGCUUUCACAAUAUGGUGCAUUGUGGGAAAAUUUGCAUCCAGUGUGCAAUUUUUAGAAUCACAUUUAAAAAAAAUUGUUUUACCUCAAAUCACUCACAGUUCAAGAUUUAAGCACAGACAUCUUACGGAUAGAAAGUGUAAUGAGAUUGUUGUUUAUGUGCAGUUAUUGACGAAUGAGAAGGCAGGCGGUAAUGUAGGGGUAUGACUUAAGAUUAAAGAACAGACAGUUUCAGAACACAUUGGGACAGGUCUAGAAGGAUCAUGAAAAAAGUGCAAAGGUUGUUGUAAGUGAGUACCAGUGGGUAUCUCUGAUUUUAUAGUAGUAGCACAGGUACAUCCAAAGUGUCACGAAUAGUAAUAGCUAAAAGUAUGCAAUCUUUCAUUUCAGCCUAAUUGACUUAACUGAGAGGGUUAUUCUCCACCUGAGAGGACAUCUAACCAGUGAAAUCACCUUAUGCAAUGUUUUACUGAUAUGAGUAGUUAGGAGUUUUUGUGUACUGUGAGCAGGGCUGCAAAGAUGCCAAAGUUAAGGGUGCACAGUCCGAUCUAUGCCAACACACUGUUAUGUAUUUAAUGAGACUGUGCGAGUGAUGUCAGUGGAAAUUCAGGUAAUACUAUGUGGCCAAGUUAGAUGCAUGUGUUGCUGGAUGGAAGGAGAGAAGGGAGUCAUUUCUUGCGCAUCCUCAUUGGCUCGGCUCUUGGGUUUCCACAGACCUCUCUUUACUCAUGCCUGCCAAGUGGACAGCCAGUCUGAGGGAUACUGUAGCCUUAUUAGUCCACAGCCGUCAUAACAGGGAUGGGUUUUCAGCAGCAUCUAACCUCCCCUUGAAUAGUAUCAAAACUAAUGUUCACUCCUAAAUAGUUUGCAGUAAUUUUCUGGUCUAAUCUGGCCCUGUGUUGGUCCAUGAAAGCGAUGCACGACGCAGUAAAAAAACUUUAUCUGACAAAUAGAACCAUGCCUGUUGGUCUACCUCAAGAACAUUCGAGCAGAGCUUCACCACAGGGUGUCGUGAUUAACAAUGACUUGCACUUUGGCACAGGCCUUCACCCACACUAAACAAUUAUCAGUUUUACACACACACACACACACACACACACACACACACACACACAUAUAUGCGCAUACAGUAGUUAUAGAAUGUUUAUUCCCCAGUGAAACAGUAUGUCCCUUUGCCCACUUGGUUGAUGGAUGCAUGUACAUGGGUACAUUUUGUGAAAAUGGGAUUGGGACAUAAAGGUGCUUAAAAAAGACGAAAAAUAACAUACUCCGCAGUCGUUUGUUGAGUUGGCUACAAAUGAGCAACACACUCAGCAGCAUUUGUGUUGGCUCAACAAAUCCAUCUUAGUUGCCUAAAAAUGUCCCUGUGUGUUUUUAAUGAAAAAAAAAUAAUCAUUUCAUGGGACUAUAGUUACAGUGAAUGAAAGGGAGCGUAAAUGAGGAGUUUUACUAGCCCUCUGCCGGUUGGUGACUGCUGAAUGUCUCGUUGGGUGGAUGGGCGGUGAUGCUGUGAUCUCUGCUGCCAUGCUCCUGCAACCUUCCCCGGUCUGACAUCCCACUCUGUCUCACCCCCGGUGAACCCGAUGUCAUGUUCUGACCAGCGACCUCCCUGAUUCCCUCCACCUUCGUUUCCUCCCCUCCUCAGCCUGUUGUGGUCUUCACCCCCUCCUUGAUCUAAUUGGGAAGAGCUCUUUCAGUAAAAUGAGAGAGAGAGAGAGAGAGAGAGAGAGAGAGAGAGAGAGAGAGAGAGAGAGAGAGAGAGAGAGAGAGAGAGAGAGAGAGAGAGAGAGAGAGAGAGAGAGAGAGAGAGAGAGAGAGAGAGAGAGAGAGAGAGAGAGGUGGAAGUAUUACUAUGAAAUGCAGAGAUUAUGCAUUAUAAUUUUUAGAGGUGGAAUGUACAGGAAACCUGUUAAUAUUGUAUAUUUUGAAUUUGAAAAUAUGGAAAUCUAAUUGACAAAUCAAAGACAACUUAACUAGUUGUGAUGCGGACACAGUGAUGUGGUUUUAGACCAGCGGUAUUCAAAUGAACGUUCAAUUUACAGCUGCUAGGUUUUCCCUGACUUGCAGCUGCGAGUUCUGAAACUUGAUACAGAUAUUCUGUUGUGAAUGAUAACACAACUCUAGGUCAUAUUGCAUUGAGUAAAUGGCAACAUUUAGUUUGAUGCUGAAUAAGGAUGAUUUUACACAUAAUUUGAACUCUAGUUAGGUGUAGCUUUGCAUUAGCAAUGGCUAUAUUUUACUGACAUUAUGCUACCCAAUAUAGAAGACUCAACGUGUCUAUUUAGGUUUUUCAUGGUUUUUAGAAGACUCAGCCCUAAAGUAAAUGUUAUAAUAACACAGAACAAUAAAGAAUUUUCUUCAACUAUCUGGAAAACUGCUGAAUUCUACAAUAUUUGGCUGCGUAAACCAUAUUUAGUGUACUCUACAACCAAAAUUCUUGCACAAGACGGUGAAAAUACAUCUGUUGUUUGAUAUCUCUCUUUGAUAUAACUCUUAGGUGUUGUAGGGUCCACGGAUAUAAUUUGGACUUGAUUUAUGAAUCAUCUACCCUCUUCUGUUGUGGUUAUACACAAAGCAUUUUCACACUGCACUUAAGUUUUUGCCUUUUUUAUCUUACCACCCUGCACACAUGAAUUUAUAAUCAUGUUGUUUCUCUUGGCUAAGUUAGGAAAACAGAAAAACCACAGAAUGUGGUGGUCAAACUGUUUUCUUCAGCCAGUAUGCCAUUGUACCCAACCAAUGUGUUAUUUCCUUUUAUGCCAGAAAGGUUAAUUUUACUUUCCAGAAGAUGUCAGCAGAUUUCGGCCAAAUGAUUUUUAGAACUUCUCUUGUGUUUACUAUAACUCCCAGGUGUUUUGCGAGGCAGUCGGGCAGAGUCCAGCUUUAGACCUUGGUCACUCUGAACUGGAUCAGUUGCACUGAUUGCACAAGUGAUUGACCAGAUUAAAGAGACUACUGUGAUCCCCCAUAGUAUUGCUGAGGGACGGCUGCCAUUGGCUGAAAUAGGCGAGAGGGAGGGUUAGGUCUCUGUACAGUCUGUUUAUCAGUAUUCCCUUUAUCUCUCCUGUCAUUUGGUGGAUCUUGCUGUUUUAUUCUACGUAGUCCAGAGACCUGUAUUAAACUGUAUUAAAUUGUAUAGAUUGUGCAAAAAGGUGAAUGUCGCAUAGCAGAAGAGAAAAGCUAUUCCUUACAGAUGACAAAGUGAUUUAAAAUGUAUAAAAGACAUUGAGAAACAAAGUUUAGGGGGAUAAAUGUAAUAUUUUGUUUGUAAUUACUAUUUUUUGUUGGAAGAGGGCUACUGGAUAAAGAAUCAUCUGUAAUAAAGUAAUUUUAAUAUUU